AUGACCAACUCCAAGAAACAAACCUGGUUCAUCACCGGCUGCUCCAGCGGCUUCGGCGAGCUAUUCGUGCGCCAACUUCGCGCUCUGGGCGACAAUGUGAUCGCAACAGGACGGAAUGCCAACGAGAGGCUAGCCCAUCUACGCGAUACUGGGGCCACCAUCCUCGAGCUCGAUGUGACGGCGCCCCAAGCCGAAUUGAACGCCAAAUUCCAGCAAGCGGUAGAGAUCUAUGGCGGCGUCGACGUGCUGGUCAAUAACGCCGGUUACAUUCAGUGUGGCGCGAUCGAAGAACUAACACAAGAGGAUCUGCAGCGGUCGAUUGACACCAAUGUCCAUGGCCCUUUGAAUCUGACUCGUGCCGCGUUGCCGCAUUUUCGCAGCAAAGGGGCCCAAGGCCAGGGCUUGCUCAUUUAUAUGAGCUCGCAAUCGGGUUUUUGGGGCGAUCCGGCGUCGACGGGCUACGUCGCCAGCAAGUUUGCUCUCGAGGGCGCUGUGGAGUGUCUAGCCAAAGAGCUAGCAUGGUUGGCACCCGGCAUCAAGCCGCUACUGCUUGAACCAGGUAUCUUCAGCACGGAGGUCAUGAAGAAUAUCAACCACGUUCCGUAUCGGGUGGACUUCUGGCGCCCGUUGAACGACGCCUGUCGCGCUCGAGGCCAGGGGAACUAUAAAAACGAGCCGGGGAAUGCGGCGGACCUGAUCAGCAAGGUAAUCCAGAUCGCAAAAGGGACGGGAAUCGCAGAGGGCCGCGAGAUCCCCCUGCGAAUUCCAUUUGGUAGCGACAGUCUGGGCUUCCUGCGCCAGAAGAUUCAACAGUUGACGCAAAUUGCGGAUGACUGGGAGGAAGUGGCACGCAGUACGGAUUACCUCGGGCACAAAGGCCCCAUGCCCGAUCUGCCUCAGUAG